GACUCCUGUGGGCUGAGUGUGUGGCUUCCGGACCGGGCUAGGGAGUCGCCGUGCGCUGUCUGGGAGUCGGAACCCGGGGAUCUGCCGCGCAGGCUGCUCUGACCCCGGCUCAGGGAGCCCCGGGGGCUCCCGCCGUCUCCGGGCCGACAUUUCCUUGAGGCUGGCGCGGCGCCGCGGAGGCCCGGCUCCGAUCGGCAGCCUUGCAUUCACAGAACACUGCUAUCUUCAGGAGAGAAACCAAGAGAAAGCAGAAUGGCUGUUGAGCUAGUGAAAACCGUGCCUCAGGACUUGUUGACAUUCAAAGAUGUGGCAAUAUGCUUUUCCCAGGAGGAAUGGGAAUGGCUGAACCCUGCUCAGAGGCAUUUAUACAGCAGUGUGAUGUUGGAGAACUAUCAGAACCUGGUAUCACUGGCCCUGCCUUCCAGGGACACUGCCCACCUCCUGGACAGAGGGCGCAGGCAGGAGGCCGUGGGGACCCGCGGGAAAGCCGUGUCUCAGAGCUUGGUGGAAUUUGGAGAUGUGGCCAUAGAUUUCUCCCAAGAGGAGUGGGAGUGGCUGAACCCCGCUCAGAGGACACUGUACCGGAAGGUGAUGUUGGAGAACUACAGGAACCUGGCAUCGCUGGGACUUUGUGGUUCUAAGCCUGCUGUGAUCUCAUCUUUGGAACAAGGAAAAGAGCCCUGGGUAGUGAAGAGAAAGGUGGCAAGAGGCUGGAGCCCAGACUUGAAGACUGUGAAGGAAAGUAAGAAAUUUCCUCCAAAGAGGGACUUUUGUGAAGAAAGGUUACCCCAGGCAGUGAGGACAGAGAGACUCAGAAACUGCAGUCUGGAAUACUCUAUGUUGGGGGACUAUGAUGCUCUAUUUGAGACACGAUCGGGCCUGGGGAGUGUCACAGAUAUGGCCUCAGACUCCUCCCAGCUGGACCCAGCACAGAAGAGCCCCUGGAAGAGUGCAGUGUGGGAGAGCCACAGUGACCUGGAACCUCCAGAACAUUGUGUUUCCAAGCCCGAUUUCGUCUCAUUAUUGGAGGAAGGGAAGGAGCCCUGGAUGGGGAGGAGAGAUGUGACAGGAGGCCUGUUCUCACAUGAGUGUGCGAGAGCCUGGUGUGGAAAAGCCAGUGCAGGCCAACAAUCUGUAAAUGAGACUCAGGAAUUAUUUCCAAAGCAGGACUCACGUGCUGAAAGGAUAAUGGACAGAACUUCACAUACUAAACUUGAGUGUUCCAAUUUCAGAGAAAAUUGGGAUUCUGAGUGUGUGUUUGCAAAGACGUUAGUAAGUCAAGAGACACAGUUCAGGCAAGAGACCAUUACUCAUAACAAAACCCACUCUAAGGAGAGUGUGUGUAACAAAUCUGGAAAGUGUUUCCACUUGGACAAUUCAGAAGAGAGACUUCACAAUCCCGACUCAAUUAAAAUUUUCCCAAAAAGUUCAGCAGUAAUAAAACAAACAGGAAUCUAUGCAGGAAAGAAGCUCUUCAAAUGUAAUGAAUGUAAGAAAACUUUUACCCAGAGCUCAUCCCUUACUGUUCACCAGAGAAUUCAUACUGGAGAGAAACCCUAUAAAUGUAAUGACUGUGGAAAGGCCUUUAGUGACGGUUCAUCCUUUGCACGCCAUCAGAGAUGUCACACUGGCAAGAAGCCCUAUGAAUGCAUUGACUGUGGGAAGGCUUUUAUACAGAACACAUCCCUUAUCCGUCACUGGAGAUACUAUCACACUGGGGAGAAACCUUUUGACUGCAUUGAUUGUGGGAAAGCCUUCAGUGAUCAUAUAGGGCUUAAUCAACAUAGGAGAAUUCAUACUGGAGAGAAACCUUACAAAUGUGAUGUUUGUCACAAAUCCUUUAGGUAUGGCUCAUCCCUUACUGUACAUCAGAGGAUUCACACCGGGGAAAAACCGUAUGAAUGUGAUGUUUGCAGGAAAGCCUUCAGCCAUCAUGCAUCUCUCACUCAACAUCAAAGAGUGCAUUCUGGAGAAAAGCCUUUUAAAUGUAAAGAAUGUGGGAAGGCUUUUAGGCAGAAUAUACACCUUGCUAGUCAUUUAAGGAUUCAUACUGGGGAGAAACCUUUCGAAUGUGGGGAGUGUGGGAAGUCCUUCAGCAUCAGUUCACAGCUUGCCACUCAUCAGAGGAUUCAUACUGGAGAGAAGCCCUAUGAAUGUAAGGUUUGUAGUAAAGCAUUUACACAGAAGGCUCACCUUGCACAGCAUCAGAAAACUCAUACAGGAGAGAAACCCUAUGAAUGUAAGGAGUGUGGUAAAGCCUUCAGCCAGACCACACACCUCAUUCAACAUCAGAGAGUACAUACUGGAGAGAAACCGUAUAAAUGCAUGGAAUGUGGGAAGGCCUUUGGUGAUAACUCAUCGUGUACUCAACAUCAAAGACUCCACACCGGCCAGAGACCUUAUGAAUGUAUUGAAUGUGGAAAGGCCUUCAAGACAAAGUCAUCCCUUAUUUGUCAUCGCAGGAGUCACACUGGAGAGAAGCCGUAUGAAUGUAGUGCAUGUGGCAAGGCCUUCAGCCAUCGCCAGUCCCUUAGUGUGCAUCAGAGAAUCCAUUCUGGGAAGAAACCAUAUGAAUGUAAGGAAUGUAGGAAAACCUUCAUCCAAAUUGGCAGACUCUCAACCCUUACUCUUCAUCAAAGAAUUCACACUGGAGAGAAACCCUUUGAAUGUAUCGAGUGUGGGAAGACCUUUAGCCAGAGUGCACAUCUUGCUCAGCACCAGAGGAUACACACAGGAGAAAAACCCUUUGAAUGCACUGAGUGUGGGAAAGCGUUCAACCAGAAUGCUCAUCUUGUCCAGCAUCAGAGAGUUCACACUGGAGAAAAGCCUUAUCAGUGUAAGCAGUGUAAUAAAGCCUUCAGCCAGCUUGCACAUCUUGCUCAGCAUCAGAGGGUUCAUACUGGAGAGAAACCUUACGAAUGUGUUGAAUGUGGGAAGGCAUUUAGUGAUUGCUCAUCCUUAGCUCAUCAUCGAAGGAUCCAUACUGGGAAAAGACCCUAUGAAUGCAUUGACUGUGGGAAAGCCUUCAGGCAGAAUGCUUCUCUUAUCCGUCAUCGGCGAUAUUAUCAUACUGGAGAGAAACCCUUUGAUUGUAUUGAUUGUGGGAAGGCUUUCACUGAUCACAUAGGACUUAUUCAGCAUAAGAGAAUUCAUACUGGAGAGAGACCUUACAGAUGUAACGUGUGUGGGAAGGCUUUUAGCCAUGGCUCAUCCCUCACUGUACAUCAGAGAAUUCAUACAGGAGAAAAACCGUAUGGAUGUAACGUCUGUGAGAAAGCCUUCAGCCACCGGGGCUCCCUUACUCUCCAUCAAAGAGUCCAUACUGGAGAGAAACCCUAUGCAUGCAGGGAAUGUGGGAAGGCUUUUCGGCAGAGCACACACCUUGCUCAUCAUCAGAGAGUGCAUACUGGAGAGAAACCUUAUGAAUGUAAGGACUGCAGCAAAACUUUCAGCCAGAAUGCACAUCUUUUACAACAUCAGAAAAUACAUACUGGAGAGAAACCUUUUGGGUGUCAGGAAUGUGGAAAGGCCUUCAGUCAGGUUGCACACCUUGUUCAGCACCAGAGAGUUCAUACUGGUGAGAAGCCCUAUGAAUGUACUGAAUGUGGGAAGGCCUUUAGUGAUGGUUCAUAUCUUGUUCAACAUCAGAGACUCCACACUGGCAGAAGACCAUAUGAGUGUCCUGAAUGUGGGAAGGCCUUCAGACAGCGGACAUCUCUGAUUUGUCAUCAAAGAUGUCACACGGGAGAGAAACCUUAUGAAUGUAAUGUUUGUGGGAAAGCUUUUAGCCAUCGUAAAUCCCUCACCCUGCAUCAGAGAAUUCACACGGGAGAGAAACCUUAUGAGUGUAAGGAGUGUAGCAAAGCCUUCAGCCAGGUUGCCCAUCUUACACUCCAUAAGAGAGUUCAUACUGGAGAAAGGCCCUACAAAUGUAAAGAAUGUGGAAUAGCCUUCCGGCAGAGUGUCCAUCUUGCUCAUCACCAGCAGAUUCAUACUGGAGAGUCAGCCUCAAUUCCCUCCUUCCUCUCCUGCCACAAAGUCCUAUAGAUUACUCUUCUCCUUGCCUGUGCCCCAUCAUCAGCCUUAAGAUGGAUUUCUGCAGUAGUGUAACUGUUACUCCUCUUGUUCCUAAGUGCAUUUUAACACUAGCCAUUUAAUCUUUUAAAAAUAAAAGUAUAUAUAUAUAUAUACACACAUAUAUAUAUAUAUAUAUAUAUAUUCAUGCUAUUUUCCCAUUUAAAACUACUUGCAUUGAAAAGUAUAUUAGAAGAUCCGUUUUAAAGGUUUAGCACAGAAUCCUUAGCAUACAGCUAGUGCUGAAAUGCUAGGUCAGAGCUCCUCAGUGAAAGGCUUCCAGCUGUAAGUGACCCAGUAGGUCAAGACUAAGAAGCUACAGAUUUUAGGACAGAGGAUGCUACACCCAGAUGAAUACUCUCAGGAAAUACCUAUGAUGCACUAGAUAGUGGGUUUACCCCUCCCUGAGUAUGAGUAUGAGGACAUGUAGCAUUGGUAUUGAGGAAUUCUUACCUCAGCUGACACUUAGAGAGUAAGCCAAGUAUAACAAAAAUGUUUCAUAAAACGUAGUGCUAGCUAUUAACAAAAUUAACUGACAAGCUAGAAGACUUUCAUAACCAUGGAUUAAAAGGGUAACAGUGCUUUGACCUUUUAAGAAAGCACCACAGACAAUUCCUUUGGUGUUCAAAUUAUUCUUCAUGCAUUAGAAAUGUAAUAAAAUUCUUAUCUUGUUCCAUUAGAUUGACAUUACAUACCCAAACAGAAAAACAUGCUCUGCAAUUAGUAGAUAUUAAAACUUACAGGUUAUUUUUAAACAUGAAUAAGGCUAGACUUGUCUCUGUGUAGAAAGGCUCAGGUAAAGAUAUCUUUCUCUAAGUUAAGUGUGUGAAUCCACUGACAUUCCAAUAAAAACUCUAAUGCAUUUAUUAGUUGACAAGCCGAUUCUGGUUAUCGGUAGAUUAAUGAUGAUAGUAAGGUUGAUGAUAGUAAUGAUGAUAGUUUACACUGGGAAUCAGUACUCUAUUCAGUGACUGUUGACUAAACACCAAUGUGUCAGGCACUUUUAAGUACUGAUGAUAAAAAUUUUGACUUCACAAAUCUAGGGGGAGAAUAUAAAAAAUAAAUACCAUGAUCAAUAUAUGAUAUGUGCCAGAAAGAGAAAUAAUCGAAAAGAAGGAGCAAAGGAGGGCUGGAUGGGGAGUAUCAUGCUAGCUCCAGAUGUAUGGUCAUUAAAAGUAAAGGGGGAGGGGAGAACUGGAGGUAACUGUCAGUCAUUAAGGACCAGAUGAGAAUCGUCAUAAGGGUCCUAAGGUGGAUAUUUAAUACUUUCAUUGUUGAAGGAUGGGCAAAUCGAAGGUGUAACAAUGAUCAUGAGGUUUCUGUUCACUCAUAAUGGUGAUUCAGAGGCUGGUGGAAGGGUAUCUCUUUUUUUGGUAAUAACUUUAUUGUGAUAUAAUUCAUAUAACAAAAUUUUAGAUUAGACUAUGCAUCCCCCUAGCCUCUGCCUCCCUCAACAGAAGUGAAGAGAUAGCUCCAAUGAAGUGUACAAUUCAGUGGUCUUAGUGUAUUCACAAAGUUGGGUAACCUAAAAUCAUCAAUUUUAGGACAUUUUCAUUGACCCAAAAAGAAAUUCCAUGUUUUAUAGUAGCUACUCCCACCAAUGGAGGGACAGUUUCCGGAGUAUUCCCUUUUGACUGCUAUCUGUGGCAGUAUAGAGGGCCAUGUGAGGUGAGCUCUUACUCAGCAAAUUACUACUGGAAAAUGGAGGUUUGGGGCUCCCUCUUCUAUUGAUGGAUGCAUG